UUCAAUAAUCUUUCUGGAGUAAAAGUAUUACAAUGAAGACCGCUUUAGUAGUCUUGGCCCUUGUGGCUGUUGGUUACGCCGCACCACAGCCAAGGAAGCUUUUCCAUGAGCAUUUAGAAGACUUCCUGGACGUGGUGAGGGAAGAAGCUGGAGCAGAGUUGGAGCACAUCUUUGAACAUUACUUGGAGUUCGAAGAGUUCGUCGCCACCUUGGAUUACCUCGCCACUGCCGACUACAAGGAACUCAUUUAUGAGAUGGAAUCGCUGCCUGAAUUCAAGGCUGUCGUUGACUUCUUGGAGAAAGACAACAUUGACAUCAUGUUCUUCGUGGACCUUGUAAAUGAAAUGCUGGAACAACAAUUCCCGCCAUCUGCCAGGAAGGUGCGUCACGAACUAAGCGGCACAGACUAUUCUGCCUUCAUCAAUGACAUAAUCGAUGCCUUCCCCAAGGAGAAAUUGGCAGCACUUUACGAGGAGAAAAUAGCUGAAUACGAUGACUUUAGAGUGGCUCUGGAGAAUUUGGAAAGCCAAGAGUGGCAAGAUACCUGGAACGCUCUCUGGAACAGUGAGGUGUUCCAAAAGGAGAUCCAGACUUUGGAAUCCCACGGAAUCUACUUCAACUCUUUGAUCAAAGAGCUCAGAGCUUUAUUUGGACAGUAAUCUAAUUUAAGGUCCAGUUUCGCCACUUGUUGUUAAACAGUCUUAUAGGUCUGUCUACCAGAAAAGUAAUGUAUCUGCUGUACCUUCACAACUGGUGAAACGAGUACUUACUAAUAAUAUAAUAUUUAUUUGGUAAAUAUUUGUAAAUCCUAUUUGUGUACACUUAAAUUGUACUUUUUUAGUACCACUCUCGAAUAAACUGUUUGAAUCUAAA